AUGACAGACCCAGCCAACUGGACCCCCCUAACCGCCUCCAACGUCCUCUCCGCCCACGCCCUCAUAAAGCCCUACAUCCAUGAAACCCCGCUCCUCACCAGCAGAGCCCUCAACCGCAUCGCCUCGACCCCCCAAUCGCCCGCCGCGCUCCUCGGCACGCCAUGCGAGGGCCAAACACCCGCCAGCCCCAAGAUAAACUUCUUCUUUAAAUGCGAGAAUUUCCAGCGGAUCGGUGCGUUCAAGGCGCGCGGUGCGUUUCAUGCGCUGCUGCGGCUGCUGCAAGUGGUGGGCGCGGAGGAGGUGAGGAGGAGGGGUGUUGUUACGCAUAGUUCUGGAAAUCACGCCCAAGCCCUCUCCCUCGCCGCCUCCACCCUCCACAUCCCCGCCCACAUCGUCAUGCCCUCGAUCUCCACCCGGUCCAAAAUAGCCGGCACCCGCGCUCACGGCGCCCGCGUCGUCUUCUCAGGCCCCACAAGCCAAGAGCGCGAAGCCGCCGUCGCCUCCAUAGUCCGCGAGACCAGCGCAUUUCUCAUCCCACCCUACGACCACCCGGAUGUCGUUUUGGGCCAGGGCACGGUAGCGGUGGAGAUGGCGGGGCAGGUGCGGGAGCUCAUGGGGCGGGAUGGGAGGGUUAGCGUGCACUGGGACGAAGGGGGUGGGAGCGCGAAUUCGGAUGCUGCGGAUGAUGCGGAUGAUGCGGAGCCGGGGACGCUGGACGCGGUGAUAACGCCGAUAGGCGGCGGGGGUUUGAAUGCCGGGGUGGCGACGUAUUUCUCGGGCUACCGCGGCGGGGCACGGCCCUGGGUGUUUGGGGCGGAGCCGUCGUUCCAGGGCGGCGACGACUGCCGGCGCGGUCUCGAGCGGGGAUCGCGAAUAACGAGCGUGAAGACGCUGACGGUUGCGGAUGGGUUACGGACGCCGGUCGGGGAGGUGCCGUGGGGGGUUAUUUCGGAUAAGGGGAAGGUGGAGGGGGUGUAUGCUGUGAGCGAGCGGCAGAUUCGGGAGGCGAUGAGGCUUGUGUUUGAGAGGGUGAAGAUUGUUGUUGAGCCGUCUGCUGUGGUUGGGUUGGCGGUUUGUUUGUUUGAUGAGGGGUUUCGGAGGAGGGUGGUGGAGCAGUGUAGGGUUAGUGGGAAGAGGGGCUGGGAUGUUGGGGUUGUUUUGAGCGGGGGGAAUGUUGGGUUGGAGAGUGUUGGGGAGAUGUUUGGGGGGUCGGAGGGGGAGGGGAGACAGGCAGACGGUGGGAUAUAG